AUGAACGACUGCUUUAGAGGAAAGCAUUUUAGGUACAAUUUACUGGUUCAAAUUUACUUUACACUACACCUUGUAUAUAUAUUUGCACACAGGUACAAUAGCAAGAAGAAUAACGUAGACCCUUACAACAACAACCCUUAUCCCGAACUGACGACCCUAAAUCCAUACAAUUAUGAUAAUCAAAACGACAAAAUCCCUUAUUACAGAAGUCCUAACAAUAAUAAUAACAACAACAACAAUUUCCAAUAUUAUUACUCCUCAACCUCAACAUCAACAUCAACAGAGUCUAAUAAUUUCUUCAGUAUCGGCACUCAAGCCGCCGACACUCAGCCACCCCCUAUCUACAAUUUCCAUAACAUCAAUAAUCGUAAUCAAUACGUUACCGAAAAUCCUUACGUUUACAACCAAUACACGACACAAAAACCUUACCAUUCGAGAUCGCAGCCCAACAACAGCCCUUUUGUGGGUAACUACUUUCAAUUGAUAAAACAAACCACGAAGAAUCCUUACGAUUUUGCAAACUUUGAGACCAACUAUAGGAGGGGAAAGAGCGCGUUCGGCGGGCAAAAUGAAGAUGUGGGCGGUGAUGUUGAUAACAACCAUUUAAAGAGAUCGUACAACGCCGCCGCCUAUUAUGAUCCGGCGGAAAGCGCCACCAAGAUACAGGGUGAAACUACGUAAACGUAUCUUUCUUUUAUUGCUUUACCCAUUGACUCGUGUCUUUCAUAAGGAAACUAUUCACCUAAGACGGCCCUGUAUGGCUACUAAAAUCGAGUACUGCAUCAACACUGGCACCGCAGCCGGUUCUGUGGAACAGUGGUUGACCCUAGCAGGGACACUAGUAAUGAUAAUAUGAGUGCGAACUUACAGGACAUACCCCCAGUGUGCCUUAAAAUUGCCCGCCGUGAGUUUUGACUUUUAUUAUUUUUCUUUUUGGAAGGAAAAUGUGUGCGUAUCCGCGUUUCGAGUGUCCGCGAUGUGCUGCAUCUGUAACUCUUGAGGGAGACAAUAAAAUGAUCUGUCAAGUGUAUUUUUAACGAAUCAUUUCAAAUGCAGGACGAAAUAUUGUAAUUUUAGAUUAUAAAGCGAAACAAGGUGCCCAUUGUAUCGAUACCUUUCUUAAUUUUACCGCCAAUGAGAGGAACAACCUUUUUAUUUCUCACUUUAAAUUUGUACUUAAAAUUCGUUUAGCACAUGUCUUUUUUUUUUAGCAAAGUAGUCUUUUAUUUUAAACAAAUAAAUUAUUUUUAAAUUGA